AAAACAACAUGGGCUGAUGUCUUAACACCACAAGUGGUAAAAUAACAGAUAGGCCUUACUACUCCUUAGCCGUCAGCGUCAGCUGAUGGUCGAAGGAGACCCAUGGUCUUUAUGAUUACGAUAGUAACAGCAGUGGUAUGCAACAAUUAAGAAUUACCAAUACCUGUGCCAUAGUCAAUCAGGAGGAAACCCAGGUUCACAAUGUCCCUCCUAGGGAUGCCGUUAUGAAGGGUCUCAAGACUCUCUUCAUCACAGCUUUUUAAGAACGGAAAAUAUUGGAUGUUUCAUCCUCAGGAUUUUAAUGAGGAAGAAAAAGUUCAAAAUCCUAUUGACCAAGUCUGGAUUUCUCUUCGAGGAGCCACUCCAGCCAUCUUCCCUGGGAAGUUCAAUAAAUCUCUCGGGUACAAACUCACCGACGGAGAUAUCAUAAAGUUUGGAAGAGUCAGAUUCAGAGUCAAAUAGGAUUAUAAACUGUAAGAGAAACAAAAGUUCAAUGGGAAGAAUGGUUAAAUAUGACCCUCAAUUCGAUGUAAGCAUGAAUGAAAUGUUAGUCAAUAAAUUUACCAGCAGGGUCAGCCCUCAGGCUGACCAACUCUCCCGCUCUAAAAGUAUUGAAUCCAAUAGCAUUGCUUAUGGCUGCAUUGAGGAAGAUACCAUUCAGGAGAAAAUUGCUAAAAUACAGCAAGCUAAGGGACAGGAGGACUUUGACAAGAUCCGUAAAGAAGCCCAGUGAAGAAUCUGCCUGGGUGAAGAGGAGGAUAGUGACAUCGAGGAGAAUCCACUGAUCUCCCCUUGAAAAUGAACAGGGACUCUACAAUACAUUCAUCUUGAUUGUUUAAAAUAAAUGGCUGGAUAGUAAAAUAUAUUCGAAGUUAUCUGAAUAUACUUAUUCCUACAACUGGAAAAAUCUUGUAUGCGAGCUAUGAGGAGUCAAGUUCCAGGACAGUUAUAUCAUCAAUGGGAAAGAAAUAUACGUCCUUAAUUAUCUGAGGCCUGAGCAUGGGUGUGGUAUGAUCCUAGAAUCUUAUACCAAUACACCUCACAAGACCAUUCAUGUGCUGGUUAGUAAUAAGAGGAAUAAUCCUUUCAACGCUGAUAUUGAAUACUGUGUUGGCAGAUCGAAUGAAUCAGCUAUCAGGAUUACUGACAUUAGUGUAUCACGAACACAUUCAUCUAUUACUUUUUCCAACGGAAGUUAUUACGUCAGAGAUGAAGCUGCUAAGUUCGGAACUCUUCUAUAUCUCAGAGAGCCUAUUCCAAUCCCAAAGAAAUAAGAAUUUUGCCCUGAGUGUUCAAUUUGGUCGGUUCAUGGCUAGACUGACUCCUCAAAAUGAAGAGCCUAAGAGAAAUAGCAAAACUAAUCCUGGUAAAGAAUCAACUUAUAAUGAAGACUCUCCGUACUUGCCAAGAACAUUACUGGAAUUCCUAGAAGAGCAGUCGGUUAAUCUAGGACUUCAAAACAACCCGGCAAAGUUUGAUGACUUACAAAAGAUAAAGGAUAAAGAACUUAUGAUUUCUCAGAAGGAAAAUGAUGAUACCUCCUCUAUUUCAAAUCUGCAACAAGAGACAUCAAUGAAGAUUAAUAAUGCACAUGGGACUAAUAUGGACACUGCCCACCAGCUUGGAAUGAACCAGAUGAUCACUCAGGUACAAAGGCGAAAUUCUGAUCUUCAUGGAAGUCUAGAUGAAGUCAGCCAUCACAUCCAAGAAAUCAAUCUUGAUAAUGUUAGCAGAAGUAUUCAUGCGCCAAGGCGCAUGAAUACUUCUGGUAUUAACUUAUUAAGAAGAAAUGAAGAUGAAGAUCGAGCUACUUCUGAACGAUUGAACCCUCAUUCAGAGAUGGGAACUGCUAUGAACAACCAGAUCACUAGCCCUUCUCCUUUGACUAGCAAUCCAGGAAUUCAGGAAUCAGCCAGAAGCUCUUUAAGAGAUCGGCUGGGUCAAGGAUCAGAUGGUCCAGAAAGUGGAGAUUUACAGACAAAGAAAGAUAUCACCCCAGCAAGGAGAAACCCAUCUAUCAGGCAUACUCGAGCCCGUAUGAUGAACCUCACACUUGGAAAUGAAGAGGCUAAAUCAGAUCUCUCUGGAAGAAUUGAGGAACGAAAAUCAGAAUUUGACGAAGAAUCUAUAGGUGACAACCAAUGGGCCAUUCCUGAUAAUAAUAUUAGCCGAAUACAAGUCUUUGAGUCCUUCGAGAGCUACAGGAGGGGCUCUGAAGGAUCUGAUAGCCUUCGACACAGGGACGGACGUCCAGAAAAUUAACUUUACUUGCUUAACUAUUUUAAACC